GGGAGUGUGGGCAUCUGUGCAGGCAUGUGAUUGUGUGUGGGUAUAUAAGGGUGUGAUCGCAGCAGGAGCAGCCAGGUGUGACAAGGAACAAGAAGAGGCCUGACCUGCAGCAUCCCAGGCACUGCUCUCCAGACUCCUGCAAUGGUUUCGAAGAAGGUGGUGGCUGGUUUGCUCCUUGUGUACGUGAUGUCAGUGCUGGCUGAACAGGCUGAAGGCUUUGUGCCCUUCUUCACCCAGAGCGACUUCCAGAAAAUGCAGGAAAAGGAGAGGAACAAAGGGCAGAAGAAAUCCCUGACCCCUCUGCAGCAGCUGGAAGAGGAAGGCACCUCUGAGCAAUCUGGAGCAGAUAUCGAUCGGAUGAAGACUAUCCAGCUAGCUGUUCCUGUCAGAGCUGGGAUGUGGCUCAUACUGAGGCAGCUGGAAAAAUACCAAGGUGUCCUGGAGAAACUGCUCACGGAGGUGUUACAGGACACCCCAGACGGUACUGGCAGGGGGUUGAUUUCUGCCUUGGGAAUUCUGCCUUUCUCUCCUCUCACCAGCUCAUCAUCAUGGAGAUAUUUAUAUUGCUCAGAAGGGCUUUUGUGUCAUGUUUGCUCACUUUACAGAGUCCUCAGAUACCCCACUCGCUCUCAUGUAUACAGUUUUCUUCUGGGAAGGUUAUAUGCUCUCUCAUAGUGCUGUCUGUGUCCUAAAGCUGAUGUUGACUGUUAGCAGCACUGCAACAAUUUCCACAGCUCUCCCCAGCACUGCUUCCUACCUCCCUACCCCUUCCUUCCCAAAAGUCCUCAGUCUUUAUGGUGCAAUUUCCAGGAGAGCUUAUAAUGAAACCUGCACCUGUGAGGCACCUCAGCACCUGCAGCCAUGUACGAACACCUUGCUCCCUGCAUAGGGGCUUAUCAUAAGUGAAUUAGCUGAAGCUAAAGGUGUUGAGUGCUAACAAAUCCAGCCCUGGGAUCUGCUCUUAGUGUAUGGAAAUUGCAAAAGGAAAAAUCCAGGGCCAUGAUGGAUGCAGCUAUUCCAGAUUUGGAGGGUGAUGGAAGCAUUCUUACCAGUGUUAUCUCUGGACCUUUGACUGAUUUGGGCUUAAAUGACCGAACAAGCGGAUCCUUGUUAUCUCUGUGAGAGCUGUUAUUCUGCUUUGUCUGCACUGAUUUCAGUUUGCCUCCUUGCUCUUUAGGUGAGGAGCUGAGGAGGAGGAAAUGAUAUAUAAAGCAUAAUGACAAAUUUUAAGGACACUUGUUCUUUCCU